AAUUUCAGGCUUCCGGAAUGGGACGCUGUAAUACUACAACUGGAACUUCUUCGCAGUUAGCAAUACUAACACCAAAUCAACGAGAAAGCAUUAUACAGAAAGAACGUGAAAGACGUCGACUGAUAAGGUAUCAGCAAGUGCGACAGUUAAGUGCUGAAAAUGCCGCAAAAAUACGUGAACGAGUUAAAAUGGCAAAACAGAAGAAAAUGGAGGAACUUAGAAAGCUUAUAAUGGACGCUAUUGUUCAGCGAAAUCAUUUAAAUCCCAGCGAUGUACUUUCUCCUGUUCAUAUCGAUAGUAGUGCAUUGCCCGCCGAGACAUCGCGAAAAUCAAGGCGACACCAAAUCACGAAUGAAGAAUCGUUACGUGCAGUACGUCGACAUCGUGAAGCACUGGAUAGAUUACGUCAUGAAAAUGAGCGAGAAAAGCGACGGCGCGAGCUUAUACUUGAAAGGCGAAGGGCAGCUCGUGAAAUAGGAAAUGUACGAUCGCGGAGAAUCUGACUUGAUGUAAUUUGUAUAGUAUUUCACAGUCACUUUUAUUCCCACAACAAAAAUUGCUUUAUUUCAUGAAAAUUUAGAAUUAUUAAUAGUGGCAGUAAUAAAGCUAACAUUAACAUGUAAAGCUGAUGGAGUACAGUUUUUUGGAACUUGCCUUUUUUUAAUGGACAUAUACAGAAAAUAUUCUUUCAAAAAAGAAAAAACC